GCUCAUGACAAUAAGUACCAUUUGUUGGGCAUGGCAAUUUGCGCAGUCGCGUGAUCACGACAAAUCGCGAGCGUCGCCGAAUUCACUCUCCUUGCUCUGUCUAUGGUUUAUUGUUCUCAAUGUUGCGAGGGAAACUGGAGGCCAAAACACUAGGAUUACUGGUGUUUCGUACCAGGCCUCGCAGAAGUAGAAAUACCAGACGAAUUGCAGAUUCUACCAGACCUGCAUCAUAUUUUUAUUCUCGAAGAUUUUCUAUCACUCGCGCGAGCAGAUCAUCGCCGAUAUAGACAGCGUUCUCGACGUUAUCCUUAAACUCUGUAAGGCCAACUUGGACACGCUGUCCGAGGAUGUACACUUGUCUUUUAUGGAUGAAUACGCCAGUCUUGCAGAUGCUCGUAGCCGGAUGAAUAAGGGCACAGAUACUAGUACGUUGACCGAGGCACUCGACGAGUGCGAGACGUUGAAGAUGAGGAUAGACGCAGCGUGCAGGAAAUGCCUGGAGGAUGAAAUAAGAAGAGGGCCAGUUCCAGUAGCUACAGCUGCCGCUGAAUCUCCCGAUGCAUCUAUUGCACCGGUUGACCCCGAUCCAUCCAGUAGGACCCCACCAUCUGAAGGUCCCAUCUUAGCUCAAUCUAAUUCCACUAUGACAAGUGGUAACAGCUCGCGCCUUUUCGAUCCUUCAACUAGCACAGACAGUCUCGUCCCCUCCGAUAUUGCUGUAGCCCGUGCAACGACCUCGAGCGAUUCCGCAGCGUCCACGGAGGGAAGUUCAUAUGAACAGCCUGUCAAACACAAAGACUGUAUGAUAUUUGACCGAGGCUCAUUUGCUGGGCCGCCCACAUUCAACAUCGACUCCGAGGACGCAACUGGAGCAACACACACAUUCAUGGUUAAUAGAUCGUCUGCCAGACUGCCAAGACAGCGACGGCCGGUCGCAGGUGCUUACCAGCUGCAGACAAAGUACACCUUGAAUGGUGGAAGUAACGUUUAUUUCGGACCUAAACCGGUAUCCACGGAGGGAAGUCUAUAUAGAUCCCCCGUCACCACCAGAGGCUGCAUGAUAUUUGGCCCAGGCUCGUUUGUCGGGUCGCCCACUUUCAACUGCGAUUCCCAGGACUCAAUUGGAUCAAUCACAUACACGGGUAAUAGUCCGUUUGUCGGACUGCCAGGAAAGCGACAGCCGCAGACAACGUACACCUUGCAGGGUGGAAGUAACGUUUAUUUCGGACCUGGCUCGGAAGUGGAUAGCCCGACCUUCAACAUCCUAUCCUCGAGUUCUUCUGGUUCUAAAGCGUCGACUACAUCAUUCAGUUCAGCAAGGCGUUCCUAA